AUGUGGACAAGGAUAGCAGUUACUUUGAGAAGGAACUUGCAUCCUGGGAAUGAAUAUUGCACAUCCAACCCCAAGACUGAAUCUGCGCAGCAUAAUUUUGCAGUAACUGAUAGCCAAAUUCAGGCAAAGCCUGUACCGUUGUGUGUAGCAAUAGAGCGAAAGCAAGAAUCAGAAUUAGAGAAUUCCAACACUUAUCUUUCUGGUAAGAUGGAAAACAGAAUGGGACAUGUUUACAAAGGAGCACUUCAGCUGAGACCGACGGAAUCUUUCAUUCCAGGAUUUUUCAGUUCUAUUGUCACCUCCUCGAAGUUGAAAUCUUUCAUCCAUAACAGAUCGUCAGAAACAGCCACAGUCGCCGUUGGUAUGUCAUCUGUUUCAGCAUCCAAUUCUGGCAAGGAAUUCUCCGAAUACAAUGAUAAUCUAUCCUCAUCUUCACUAAAUAAUAAACAACGCAAGGUGAUGGAUCAUCACAGAUCUCAUUACGGGUUGUUGUCUCGUAACCAGUUACGGAUCCACUGUGUAAUCGACCUGUUACCCCGUAACCAGCUAGAGAUCCACCAUGUGAUCGCCUUUGGUAGUCCACUUCACAUAGAGAACCUAUCUCUUUCUGGUUCUUAA